AUGAUCGCUUGUAUAUCACCGGCUGACACGAAUGCCGAAGAGACGAUAUCAACGCUCAGAUAUGCCGAUCGAACGAAGAAGAUCAAGAAUAAACCAAUAGUGAAUGUCGAUCCGGCAUUCGCCUUGGUUGAAUCAUUGAGAACUGAGUUGGCUGCUGCCAAGCGUCAAAUUGCCUCACUGAUGAACGGAGAACAACCUGGAAUUGGCGGUUGCGCUGUGGAUGGUGGCAGUGUCAAUUUUGCAAGCAGCGAGUUAAUGGCCGAACGAGAGCGUUUGGCAAAAGAGUUGGAUGAUGCGCACGAUGAGGUUAGGCGGCUUAACUUUUGUCUGGCCGAGGAGGUUGCUGAAAAGUCGCAUAUUCUGGAGCAGUUGCUGUCGGCACGUCAAGCAUUCGAAUCACUCAAACAGCGCAUAAGAACCGCCUUUGAGUGA